GAGCCUUCGAGAGCACAGGAGGUAGUUCCCGGGGGCUCCAAUUUUGUGCACUUAGAAUUUUUUUGUAGUUUAAUUUUUGUCCUUGUCUUGACCCCUCGCCCUCACUUAUUUAUGUUGUUUUGUAGGUGCUAAAAUGAACGUGAAAGGCUUCGCCGGUUUGAAGAAGAAAUCGGCCAAGGAGCCGAAGAAGAAGGAGGCGUGCGUGCAAAAGCCCGUCGAUGAGUUCUUUCCGAAGGGCGGCGAGCCCUCGGCCGUCCCUGCCGAUGUUGUGCCUGCCGCUGCAAAGAGGAAGGCAACCGGCAAAGAUGUUGCUCCUGCCGGCAAAAAGCCAAAGAAGGCGGAGGCCGGGAAGAAGACUCCCCCGGUCCUUGUUGUGGAUGAGCAUUCGUCCUCCUCACCCUUGAUUGCAACAGCGACGGCUCCAUCCAACCCCCCCUCUGGAGACUUCCCUCGGGAGAUCGUACAAUUCUCCCUCAGAGGAACCGCCGUGAUGCACGACACAGUUGAUCCGAAGGCGUUCCUGGGGGGCAUCACUUCGGAGAUGGAUAGGGAAGCCCUUGGCACCUAUGAUGAUGAUGCCCUCGAGAACAGGAUCCUCCGGUGUUCUCUUACUGCUUACAUCGCCCUCGGUGAACAAACCCAGAGGGGGAAAGUGUUGCGUCUUGAGAAAGCGCAAUAGGAUGAGCAGUUGAAGAAGCUUGUCCACGACAACGCCGAAGCCGCGAGGCAGAUGGCAAAGUUGGAGGAAGCCCUUCGGCAGAUGGAGCUGCAACUAGAGGCCGCUAAUAAGGGCAAGGCUGAAGCCGAGAGGGCCACUGCUGAGGCCGCCAAGAAAGCCUCAAAGGAGGCUGAGGAGGCUAAGAACAAGGCGGUUGUCGUCGCCCGGGAGGAAGCCAUAGACACCUUCGUUGCUGAGGGCUGGAGAGCUGAGGGGCGCAAGCAGUGGCUGGCCUCGGCCGUGGAGGCCUCUGUUGAAGAAUGAUGCGGCGGCCCCGGUGUAGAGUGGCUGGCCCGGAAGGGCAAGGAAUACUACGAUGGGGGCGAGUACUUUACUCACGCCCUCAUCUACCGGAGGAUGGCCCGACAUUAUGGGGUGGAGCCGAAGGAUUUUGAUCCGGCAGCUUACGGUCUUCCCCUUCUCCAGCCAGACGUUAGAGUCCCUCUCCCAGCCGGUGCUGAAAGGCCUAAUCUCGAAGAUUCCGAGUUGUUGAAAGAGGCCGAGGAUGAAGAGGAGGCCGGAGGGGAUGUCACUUCCAAGCUUGCCGAAGGGGGUGCUGUUGAAGUCGCCAAUUCCUUGAUUGUACUUUAGCAAUAUUCUGUAACAAACAUUUAUGAGCCGUCGGGCAUAAAUAUUUUGUAACAAACAUUUACGAAUGUAUGCACGCCUUCGGGAAUUUGGUGUUUGGAUUUUAU